CCAAUAGAUUCUUUUCUAUCAAAGUGUGCUUUUUGUUGCAAAUGUUAUUUAUGUUCAUCAAAAAUAAACAAUUACUGAUUCUUAUACUCUAGCAAAAUGCAGUCCGAUAAAAGUUCUCAUGAUAGAAAAGUUCGUCGUAAACAAUCAACCCCCUCAUCAUCCAGUUCAUCCUUGAAUUCAUCAUCUUCAUCGAAAAAGGAGUCAACUAGUAGCAAAAAAGAGAUGAGAACAUCGACCAAAUCCUCAACAAAUAAUUCUUUAAAUUCGUCAUCGAUCAAAUCAAAUGAGACAACUGUUAAUGUGAUGAAUGUAACAUUAACUGCUAUUGAUCACGAAGAGAAAGAGGCUCUAAGCCGUGAUCCAGAACAAGAUGUAGAAACAUUCAAUCAUACCUGCGACGAAAUCAGAACUAAGCUGGCAGAAAUGAAGAUUUGCAAGAAGGAUAAUAAUACAGAAAAUGAUCCGGACUUCAAUAAACGUAAAUUGGAAAUUGCCAUGGCCUUUUUGGAAUUGAAAAGACUCAAUAGAUUUGAUAAAAUCAGAUGUAAACAUGCUCGUGAUCUUGUUACUGAGGAGAAACAAAAGGUUGACGGUUUUCAUUUACAAUUACAAAAUUUGAUGUAUGAAGUUCUCCAUUUACAAAAAGAAAUCAACAAAUGUCAUGAAUUUAAAUCGAGAGAUGAAACUAUUGAACUUGUCAGCUUAGAACAAUUCUAUGAGGAAGCACCGGAGGAUGUUACAAAGCCACUAAAAGAAUCAGAGGAUGCUCACAAACGUACUCUCGCACGAUUAGAAUGGGAAUUGGAACAACGUAAAAGGCUGGCGUCCACUUUGCAAGACAAGAUGGCUUUAAAAGAAUUGAUUGUGGAGGAUAUCGAAAAAGAGAAAAAACGUUUGGAAAGUUUAAGACCAAUAUUGAUGAGUGUUGUUGAGGCGGCUCAACCUUUACAAUCGCAGCUAGGUUUACCUCUUCAAGUGAAUGAUAACCAGCAUGAAAAAGCAUCGUAUUUGUCUCGACCUAUGUAUGUAUUAUUUGUGAAUGCUUGUGCCAUGAAGGAAGCUUACAAGGAAAAUUUUGCCGUGUCAAUCAACGGAAAUGUAGAUGAAGCCAAAGCAACACAAUUUUCAAAUAUAAUUGAAGAUGAAGAAAGUGCUGAAUCCGAUGCUGAGGAUCGUAAGGGCAAGCGUCAUCGUAAAUCAAAAAUGGAUAAGAAAGAGUUGAUGAUGAAAAAAUUGAUCUCUGCUCAUCCUCUUUCAGUCAAUUUAAACUUUGCCGAUAAAGAGUCUGGCACAAAGUUAUCGUUAGAAUUUUUUCAUAUGAUAAAUCUCAACAUUAUAACCGUCAAAGUGAAUAUAACUGGAGAAUAUGAUAUCAGUAGAAGUGAACUUUUAGGCUCACAUAUCUUGGAUAACUUAUUUGAAAAAGACGACGGCUUAACAUCGCCCAAUAUAGCAAACGAUUACCAGUUAAAAGCAGCAAGAAUCGAUAACUUUAGCGAUCUCAGUAAUAAAAUUGGGUAUGCUUACAAAUGGGCGCAAACUUUAUGUGGCUUGAAUUUCCUUCCAAGGGAUGAAGAUAAACAAAGCGUCUCCUACAAUUUCACCCAAAUUAUGGAUAUCAUCAAAAGUCGUUUCACACAUCGAACAGGUCUUCAUCAAAUAAUUCUUGAAUUGGAAAGAGGUUCAGUCUCUUUACCUUCUAGUCUUGUUUCUGUGGCUUUCAACAAAAUGAGCUGUUUAAUUAAAGAUUGGAAACCAUCAAGUUUAGACGAGUGGUUGACUGUAACCACAGGUCAAAAUAUGUUCGAUUUCAGUUUAAUUGAUGGUUCUGAACAUUUUUUCAAAGUAACGCUCGUGAGAGGAUCAGCUUCACUCAAAGCUUUAGUUGCUUUACCUACUGAUUAUCCCAAUAGUUCUCCCCUGUUCCAAUUAACCUUGAAUUGGCAAUCUGAAAAGACCAGUUCAAUGGACACAUCAUUGCGAGAUUUAGAAUAUUAUGUAAAUAUUAAAUGCAUCGAAUCUGUCUUGGAAUCGGAGAAAAUUCGCACCUUGGCAAUACAAAUUUAUACAUUAUGCGUUGGAUUCGACACUUUUCUCGAAGCAGAGCAGAAUCAUUCUGGUGCUGAAGGCCCAAUGGAAUUUCCAAAAGGAAGAAUAUUUUCCCACAACUAUAGUGGCCGAGAUCAUAGUAAACCUUUUGAAUAUGCUCAUGAAUAUGGCAUUUUUAGGUGAUGAUGACUUUUGAUCAUUUUGCCUAUCUUCAUUUUUUUUAUAAUAUCAUUGUCCAAAUAGAAUAAACAUGUAUCAAAAUUGAAAAAAUUAUGUAAACUACCAAUUGAACAUUGAAUCUAGAAUUAUAUUUUGGUUUUUUUUCUAUAAAAUUUAUUGUUAUUCCUCAA